AGAAAAUAAAAAGCCUUUUAGGGAAUCAAUCUUGUCUCAAAUUUACUCUCAUCGCCAAACCAUGAUAGGCAGGAAAAUCCCAGGCGCCGGAGACAGCAAAUCUGCUAAGGCUGAGGAGAGCGAGAGCGAGGAGAUCGAGGAUAUUUUAGAAGGACUCAAAAUAUGGGCAUCGAGCACGAGGAGUGCAAAGAGAGCAAGGAGAGCAAAAAGAGCAAGGAGAGCACGACGCGGCCGGAGAUAUGGUAGCAAGGUCAAGGUCUGGAAAGUAAACGCACCUGCUAUAAUUCUACCCGUGGCAAUAAAACCAGAGACCGUCACUAUUCCUGGCAAAAAUGGUGCUGAUCCUGUUAAAAUCUCCUUUUUCGAUUGUUCAGUCCCAUAUAAGCCAAAGAUCCGCAGAGGUAUGUUUCCUUUUUUUUUUUUUUUUCUUUUCUUCUUUUUUGAGAUUGCAACUAAGUUGUGCUUGAUUAGCUUAGGCACUGAAUCUACUUACCUGAUAAAUCAAACUGUUGAAUUUUUCUUUUUUCUUUUUGGGGGCAAUUCUUGAUAUUGAUAGAGAAUCCAUAAUCAGUGGCGGAACUACGUGAAGGGCUGCUUGGCCUGUAGCCCAACUCAAAAUUCUUGGGAUAUUUUAUAUAGUGCAUGCGUAACAAGAGUCUGAUGUUGGUUCAGCUGGCAACUUGUGGAGUUGUCUAAGAUCCCACCUUGGUUCGAGUCCCCACAACCCCCUUAUGUUGCUGCUUUCCCAUUUCCUUCUCCCUUUUUGGCAUUUCUUUUUUCCCUUUUGUUCCUUUUUUUUUUGUCUUUUUCCCAUUUUCUUCUCCCAUUCUCUUUUCUUUUCUUUUGUUUUCUUACAACAUUUUCUAUUCCUAGUUUCUUAACAGUUUCUUCUCUUAAAGGCAAUCUAGCCUGUUUUUUUUUUUUUUUUUUUUCCUUUAGUUCCAGCAUUCUCCAUUAGUAUUUCUUAUAAACUUGAGUCCCAAAAUUCUUGGAAUCAUUGUCGACAAAAAAAAAAAAAUCUUGUAAGCUCUUUAAAUUAGCCCACCCCUAAUUUUCAUCUUGGUUCCACCACUGUCCAUAAUAAGUAACGCCUUCUCUACCCCCACCUUUCGGCCACGGGAUUCCUUACUCCUCCCGUAUUUUGCUUACCUUUCUAACACCAGUUGUUUCCUUCCAACUUUGCAUCUGCAGCUUCUCCGAUCCUUUGAGUUUGUUGCUCCGUUUGGUAUGCUUUUGAUUUUUGUUUCCUAUCAUGUUUUGAAGAAAUAAACUGUUGUCAAUUUCUGUUGGGGUGAUUAGAGGAUAGCCAAAGGCAUGAUGCAUACCAAACAUUGAAGAUGAUUUUUGGUGCGAAGGCAUAUUGGUGAUGCAUACCCAACAUUGAAUAAUAUAGUUUUCAAAGAUAAUUUCUGCUCCAUUGGAGCCAUUAAACAAACUGCUGAGGGGAUCUUACAUCUUUAUUGUGUAUUCAACUUCUUUGGAGAUCUAGACCUGAUCUCCUUAUCACACUACUGAUAUUUGCUAUUAUUCAAUAGAUUCUUCAGUGUUUUUUUUUUUGGGUCAUUUGA